GUCACGUGACCAGAAGAGCCGCGAGUUGUGUGUGUUUACCCUGUGAGCAACAAGACGGCACAGCACGAAGAGAUGACUUUGAAAAAACGGACAAAUGGAGAAACGGUCAACAAAAAGAAGCGUUGUAUGGACACAUUUCUCGCCAGCUGAUAAAACUUCACCCACGUGUGAAUUGUGUCACAAGAGUUCAACACAGCAGCAGCACGAGCAAUCUGUUCAAACACCUGAAGUGUGUGCAUCCAGAGGCUCAUGCCGACGCUGAGAAAGGCAAGAAGACGCAGAGCAGAAUGCAGCACCUGCACCCACCAGACAAACAACUUAGCAAGAAAGUUUUUAAAAAGGCAAAGUCUAUCCAGAUGACUCACAUAGAGCCCAGGAGAUCACCAGGACCCUUGCUCAGAUGAUUGCAAAAGACUUGUGUCUGAAAGACUAUUUAGUGGAGUGCUGAAAGUUACGAGACCACACCCACACACAUACACUACUACACACACGACUGUAAGGUGCCCGAUGAUUACCUGCUGCCCCAAAUAAAGUGUUGGAAGGAUUCUCUGGCCGGAAUCUUCUGUAGUGCUCCUCCCCUAAAACGAACCACUAAUCCAUACUUUACAACUUGCAACCCAUUUCAAUUGCUGAGGAUCCAGGUUUCCGUCAUUUUAUGAAGGUGGUGGAUCCCCACUACCAGAUCCCAAGUAGAAAAUCCCUGAUGACAGGUGUACUUCCAAAUUUAUAUGCACAAGUACGAGAAACAUUGAAAGACUCCAUACAGUCAGCAAGCAGUCUGGCUUUAACAUGUGAUAUGUGAACUGCAAGAACAACUGAAUCUUAUUUGACUGUGACAGGACACUUUAUUGACAAGGACUGGCAGAUGCAGUCCUGCAAUCUUGCAACAGUCCAUGUAGCUGUACAGCACACAGCAGACAACAUUUCUGAGCUCCUUGUGAAAAUCACUGAUGACUGGGACAUUACUGCUAAAGUUCAUACUGUUGUCACAGACAGCGGGGCUAAUAUGGUGUCUGCUGUGCGGAAAACUUGCUUGAAGCACCUUCAAUGUUUUGCACAUACACUCAACCUCAUUGUAAAGGACUCCAUAAAGGCAGACACAAGUCUCGAGUCCAUCUUGGAGAAAUGUGGUGCUAUUGUUCGAUUCUUCCACCACAGCACCAAAGCAACUGACAAACUGAAGGAGGUACAAAAUCAGCUGCAGUUGCCACAGCACAGACUAAUGCAAGCAGUGGAUACACGGUGGAAUUCUGUGCUGUACAUGCUGGAGAGACUGUACGAACAGCAACAAGCCAUCACAACUGCACUUUCUCUACUUGGAAGGAACAGCUUGUGCCUGAAUGGGGAAGAGUGGUCCCACAUUACCGAGGCCUUUGAAGCACUAAGACCUUUUGAAGAGGCCACUAAGGAGGUUUCAGCAGAGCAGUAUGUGACUAUUUCCAAAGUCAUCCCACUGGUUUGUCUUCUUCAAUGUUCUGCAGGGCAGAAGGAUAACACUUUGGCUUCACAACUUGAAGCACAAUGCAAGCGGCGCUUUCAAAACAUUGAGCACAACCACAUUCUUGCAGCAAGCACCUUUUUGGACAUCAGAUUCAAAAACAUUGCUUUCUGUGACAUCAGAAAUGUGGAAACAAUUAAAUCACGAAUCAUCGGUGAUUUGCAAGCCAUGGGCUGCAGUGAGAGAGAGAUGUCCAGCAGUGAAGCCUCAACAUCUGCAUCUGUUACUGCGUCAACAUCAGCAGAGUGUUCAGCAUCCCUGGGAGGAUUGUGGCAGGAGUUUGACACUCGGGUUUUGGCUUCUCAGAGCAAUCGCACAGAAAACACAGACGCAUACAUUGAAAUGUGCAGAUACAUGGAAGAAAAAGUGAUCCCAAGGAGUGAGGACUGUUUGCUUUGGUGGAAAAAAAAAUGAGAGGGCAUUUCCACAGGUGAGCAAAGUGGCAAAGAGAUACCUCGGAACUGUUGCUACAUCUGUUCCAGCAGAGAGGCUGUUUUCUAAGGCAGGAGAGACAGUUAGCCAGAAGCGCAAUCGCCUCAAACCUGAGAAUGUUAAUAUGUUGCUGUUCAUAAACACCAACCUGAAGUUGUAAAGUUGUAAAAUGUGCACUUUUUUCAAUUUUAUUUAAUUCAUACUUUUGUUUUUCAUUAUAUUAUGUUGUUGACAAAUAUUUUUCUCAGAAUCAUUUUGUAUAAAUAAUGCUGCUCAGCCAGAAUUCAGAGUAAGCUCAAAUAUGUUUUGUUUUAUUUAAUUCAUAUUUGUUAUUUUUUCACUUUUGUAUUUUGAACUGUGCACAUUAAAGUUGUUACGUGGCCAGUAUUUGAUGUUAUUUGUUUUUAGGAGUACUAAUAAUAUAGUUGAGAAAAGAUUCAUCAAUAACAAAUUACCAGUAAUCGGUAUCGGUACUUGGUAUCGAAUAUUUUAUGCAAAAAGUAAUCGGUAUCGAAUCUUAAAAGUGUGGUAUCGCCCAUCACUAGUUGUUAGUAUGAAGUCAACACUGUAAAGGCACUCAUUAAGCACAAAUACCACACAGUCCUGUUAAAAUGCCCUUUGAACAGUACUCGAAUUACCUGCAUCCUAAAAGAACAUUUCAGAGUCUACUGACCGGGCUAUAACCAGACACACUAUAGAUGAUGACAGCCUUCAUAUUCUGUUUAAACUAUAAGUGUGCUUACAUUGGUAAUUCAGUUACAAAUAUUUAAAUUAAGCAUUUAUACCCAAUGUAAAGUCAUACAUUAAAAUAUCAAAGCCUGGGAGUAUUUUAAGCCUUCAGUGGAGUCUGUAGGUGCAUGAAUGUCAGAGCAGUAAACUGUUAAAGUCAAGUUUAUUUAAUUAAAGUUUCAUUAGUUCACACAUUUAAAAAAAUAAAAAGCAACAAUAGAAAAUCAACAAUUACACACAACAGCACAAGAAUUCAUAGCAAACAUCUUCUUAGCAUGAUUCACAUUUAGUUUUGGAGCCAUGUUUCGUACGCAUUUCGUAUCUGCAGCUUGUACAGUUAAAUCUUGAAAAGUUGGUACAGAUGCCAUGAUCUUAUGAUUUGAGGGUAACCACUCUGCCAGUUGAGCCACAGUCACUGCAAGCUGUAGAAAAGCUGUAAGUAGUAAUUAGAAUGAGCUUGUAAUGCUAGCAUUAGUUAGCAUGAACAUGCUAACAUUAGCUCGACCUCAACAAAUUGAGGUGCAACCAGUUUAGUUGGUUAUUUGUGCAUCUGUAUUCAAUGGCAUAGGAAGGACUUUGGUUGUUACAGCAGACAGAGUCUCACCAUGAGUAAAAAUGCACAAUAAGGAAAAUAUAGAUUACAUAUUGUCCCAUGCAAAGAAUGUACCAAUGUUAAAAUGAUUUAUGUGUAGGGUAAAUAGUGUGCAAGAGUAAACAAAAAAGUGUGCAAUUACAAACUGUUAGGCCUGCCUCUGCAGGCUCGAGAUAGGGCCCCUCCUUCCCUGUGUGUUUGCUUCCUUUUUAGGUGUGCUGGGUGCUGCGGGGGCUGCUCAGUGGAGUAGUGGUUACCACUUUCGCCUUGCAGCAAGAAGAUCCCUGGUUCAAAUCCCGGGGUGUGCCUGGGAUCUUUCUGCAUGGAGUUUGCAUGUUCUCCCUGAGCAUGUGUGGGUUUUCUCCGGGCGCUCCGGCUUCCUCCCACAGUCCAAAAAUAUGCUGAGGUUAAUUGGUUACUCUAAAUUGUCCGUAGGUGUGAAUGUGAGUGUGAUUGUUCAUCUGUAUAUGUAGCCCUGCGACAGACUGGCGACCUGUCCAGGGUGUCAGCUGGGAUAGACUCCAGCGAUCCUAGUGAGGAUAAAGCCUAGUGAGGAUAAAGCAGUAUAUAGAGAAUGGAUGGAUGGAUGGGUGCUAUGGCGACAGGUGAAGGCAAUCCUCUGCAGUUAAUCAGCAGAAACAGGAGCAGGUGCACCAGUGUCAAUCAGCCCACUUCUCACAAUAUAACCAGAGUCAGUCACCUGUCAGAUGCUGGAUUCUGAAUUUCCACUGUUAAGAGUCUACAACCUUAACUCCUGACUGAACCUCAAUAACCCUGCUUCCGCUCUUCCUCAGUUUUGGACUCCACCUGCUCCUGUCUGGUCUGGCUCUUCGGCUUCAUCUUCAGCCCAAAUCCAUUUCCCUCUGGACACGUCGCCUGGCUCAUCUCCACCAUCUCCACAUAACCCAAGCCCCUUAUGCCUUCUCCUGUCGUCGCAGCCUCUGCCUUCAACCCCUCAGACACCCAAGCCUUCAGCUCCCAGUUUACCCCAGUAAAUGCCACAGUAGCAGUGCCUCAGUCAGAGCAGUCACAGGUCAGGUUUUCUUGUUUAUUGCCUACAGAGGAUUAUUGCCCUUAGCUUGAGUUUUGUUUGUAGACUACUGUUUGCUGUUUAGUCAGUGUAUUUCUGUAGCCUUAGUUUAGCUUUAGUCUCAGAAUUAGUUAGCCUUUUUGUUCUUCUAGUCGUCAUAGCUUAGCGACCCCUUUGUUCCAGGUCAGAGUUAUCUUGUGGUACUGUAGCUCUUUACUUUCAGUAUUUCCAGUAUUGUUGUAUCCUAUUUGAGAGUUUCCCUAGUUAAUGUAGUUGAACUUUUUGCAAUGCACCUUAGUUUUGUUAUUGUGUCCUAGUGGGUUUUUCCGUCUUGCAUUCCUUCCAGGUGUUACCUGCAGUAUGUUUACCUUAGUUUAGUCUGCCAAGGGGCAGCGUAGUUUUCCCCAGCUUAGUUUCUGUGGGUCGAUAGCUGGGAUUUGUAGUUCCGAUUGAGUUUGUUGUAAAUAAAUCAUUAAUACUG